GAACAUUCUCGAUUAUCUGGGGCAGUUCAAAAUAGUGCUGGCAAAUUGCCUAGUAGCAGCGCCAACCUCAAAAAAAGAAGAAGGGCUGAUUAAUGUUAUAUUGAAAUACUUUUUUUUAAUUGUUUAUUACCUUAUGUUAUAAGUAUUUUAAUUUCGAUCGUUAAAAUGCAAAUCCUAAAGUUUUUUUUAAUUAUUUAAAAGUUGAACUAUUGUCGUCAAAUAGCAGAAUCGUUCUAACAAUCUAGACCAAUAGAACUUAAACUUAAAAAUCUUUUUAUUGUAAAAUAGCCAAAUGAAGCUAGCAUUUUUCGUCAAUAGUUGUAAAAAGAAAAAAAAAUGUUGUUUUGGGUGUUUGGCGAAAAAAAAAUCUCGAUACAAAACCGUGCUUUCACAGCAUGUGUCGUACACCUAAGACUACAUUUUUAUUAUAUAGUUGAUCGAUAAUCCUAGUCAGCUUAAACUAUCGUUGCUACACUUACAGCGCAAUCCAGUUUAUAAAACACAAAGUACCAUAGUUCUACAUACCGGGGGUUUACUAUAAAUUAAGAUGUCACACCACCGCGACAAACGUUGAUAGACAGACAAAAAUAACCGUCAUGAAAUGUGACAAAUUUAAUUUAUUAUAUAUUUUGUCAACAAUUCAGGAUUUAUUCUGCCUUUUAAAAAUUAUGCAGCCCUUAAAUUUGCUCGGAGUUCAGCUAAUUUGCAAGACCAUAAGAAAAUGAAUACAGAUAAUCAAAAUUUAAGUGAAACAAAAGUAAAUCGACUCUAUAUAUGCAAAUGAUAUUGACAUUCGCUUACUUAAAUAAUUACCUUUAAGGAUUUGUGGAAAAUAGAUGAUCGAGCCUGCCUGGCCUGCAAAACUUACAUACGAAAAAUCAACGAUAUACAACAGAGCCUAACGGGUAGAGACAUAAUCAUACAGCUUUUACAAGACCAACUUAAAAAAUCCGAAAAUAACUACAAAAAUCUUUUCGAUGACUUUGAGAACCUUCGUUUUAAACAUUGCGUCGCCGUGCAAGAUAACACCACUUUACAAGAAAUCGCUGGAAAGUUUUUAGUUGGAGGUAAAGCAUAUGAACGAUAUCCAAGAAUGUUGUCCCAAAGAUUUAUUAACGAAAAUUCUCAAAGAACUAGAAAAAUGUAGCUGCAUUCAACAAGACGUCCAUAAGGAUGACAAAUUCAAAGAAAACGAGUUAAUAUUGAAAUGUACGGAUAAAAACUUACUUGAACAAGUGAAAGAAUUAAAAUCCGAAAUUACAGACAAUGAAAUCACUUUUAACGAAUGCAAGUGUAAAAUGAACGAGCAAAUAAGUGACCUGGUGGAAAAUAAUAAUCUAUUAUCCGAAACGUUGGAAAUAAUAACAGCAGAAAACAAAAACAAUCUAGAAACAAUUGCUCAGUUGAAAAACGAGUUGAAAGAAAGCUCCAAACAAAAUGACCAAUACAGAGAUAAAUUACAAUCAAAGGUAUCCAUGAUCACUCACACAGAAACAAUACUUGAAUUAAUACCGGAAACGGAAAUACUGGAAACUGAAAAUGACAAACCAAUGGAAAGCGACUUACAAGAAUUAAAACAAGAUCCUGAUGUUUUCGUUUGCGAAUGUACUAAACUUAAUGAGGACUGCAAAAUGCAAAGCAAUGAUGCUACGACGCUUCGUAAGUCAAUAAGGGAUCAAGUAACGGAAAUAGAUACACUGCAAAAUGAGAAUGAUGAGCUGAAAUCUCAAAUUGAUAAAAUAAAAUGGGAAAACAAAAAUGAAGUUGAUAAGUUACAAAAUAUGGUGCUGCAAUUUCAAAAUCAAAUAGAGAUUCUUUUAAAAGAGCACGACGAGAAAACAGAUAAAAUUCAAAGCGUGGUCCACGAAUUGAACAAGAUUCGGAAAAAUGCGAUCGAAGAAAGCGAAAAGUUCUCUAUCAAAAUAAAAGAGUUGGAAGACGAAAGGGACGCUCAUAAAAGCAAAUGUUUAGAAUACGAAAAAAAACUGGAAGGGUGCAAAUGCGGAGAUGUUUGUACAGAACUUGAAAGGUUAAAUAAGGAAAAUAUCACGAAACAAUGUCUGAUCGUGGAAUUGGAGAAAAAUAUCGACGAUUUUAAUGAAAACAUGAGGGAAUUCGAAAAGAACGUUAAAAAUAUAGCGGAAGAAAAUGAACUGUUGAGAAAUUCCAACGAGAAAUUACUGAAGAGCAAUGAAACGCUUCAAGAACAUUUGAAACAAAGUUUGUCGAUACAGACUACCGCGACGAGCACCUUAAAAGAGGAAAACUUUACUCUCAGAAACGAAUUGGAAAAAAUUAAAACCCAAUACGCGAGAAAAACUCAAGAGCUCCAGUUAGAAAAUGACAAUUUGAAACAAAACUUAUAUGAACUUCAGGAGAAUGCGCAUGACAGCGAAAAACAAAAUAGGAAACAUUCUUUGGAAUUGGAGAUGCAAAUUCAAGACCUGCAACAAAAACACAAAAGAGAUACAAUAAAUUUGAGUGAGCUCCAACAACUAAGAGAGAAUCAUAGCAAACUAAAGCAGAACUAUGAUGACGUUGUUUUUAAGAACGCGGUAACACAACAAGAACUCAAUAAAUGCAUUUUAAAUAUGAAGCAGGCAGAAGCAAGGCACAGGCAGGAAAUCUCAAACUUGGAAAUUGAGAUGAAACAGCUGAAAGACGAAUUACGCGAGAACGACCGAAGAGAAUCAGCAGUAGUUCAGCAGUUUAGUCAACUGAAAGAAAUUCAUACUACCUUGAAAGAAGAAUAUGCUAGAAAAUCCAUUGAAAAUGAAAAAGUCCAACAUGAACUGCAAGAUAAGAUCAGUGAAAGGCAAAGAUGCAAGGAAGAAUGUGUGGCACUUAUCAAAGAACGGUUAGAAAAUGAAAAAGAACUGUCUGAAUUAGCGCAGAAGUACAACAGACUAGAAAGAGGGUUUGAUGAGAAAAUGCAAGAGAUUAGGAAGUUAAAAAAACAAUGCGAAUCUUGUUCUAAACAAUCACAGAUCAGCAGAGAGGAGUAUAAUAACUUAAAAAAAGAAUACAAAGAAAUUAAAGUGAUGCUGGCUGAACAGAUAAGUAAAUACCGAAAAGAUACUGAUCAACUAGAAGGAGUUGAAAUUAACCCUUGUAAGGUUGUUCUGGAUCUUAAAAAGCAACUGUUUGAAAAAGAGAAGCUCAUAGGCGUCCUUCAGCAAAAAAUUAAGGAUGCAUCUUAUGAAAUAAUUGAAUUAAAGGACUAUAUACACAAAUUGGCAUCUGAUAACAACAUUCUUAGAUCUGCAAUUAAUAAUCUGGUAGACAAUUUAGAAAGAAAAAUUAGAGGAAUGACAGCUGACAACUCGACUGAGGCAAUAGCUGGGGAAAUAUUACACUCACUAACAACAAUAGAAAAUAAUAUCAAAAUAUCAGAUACUUGUCCCAUGAAGGAUGACUGCAGCUGCAUGUCAGAGAUAUUACUGAGAUACGGAAUUGAUUCCAAUCCACCCACACGAGAUGAAAAUAAAAAAACCAGAUACAUUCUUUCAGAAUCAUCUGCAACAAUUACAGAUUCUGAUGAUCUUCAUUAUUUGCGAAAGGAAUCUGCAGGUGAUCCAAGGGGCUCAAAAAAUAAAGAAUAAUUGG